CCCGACCCGUCUCUCGUUCUCUCUCUCUCCCUCUCUCGUGCGUUGGUCUACCACGGUCUCAACCCACGCCUCGCCUGGCUCUCCCUUGCUUGUCUACGCCGCCGCUGCCGUCGCCGUCGUAUCGCCGGCGACACGGCUGAGCACCGCUGUUACGAAGGCUGCGGCUCUGCGGCGCGGACGCGCCGCGCUGGGCGGCCGCCGACCGUGGGGUUGUGUGGACCAUGGCGGCGACCGCGGAUCCGAGGGCGAAGCCGUCGACGGCACACCACCUGAAGCCGUGGGUGCCUACCCCGACGCCUCGUGCCCAUCGCGUGCCGUCCCUGCCGGCAGUCUCCGGAGGAGGCGGUGGUGCUAGGCCCGCACGCGAUCGGCGCCGCUCGUCGUCGUCGUCGUCCCACCGACGGGGCGGCACCGCCACCGACACCGGCGCCGUAGAUGAGGAGGAGGAGAAGGAGGCUUACGACGGCGGGCUAGAGGAUCUCCGAGCGAAGCUCAUGGGCCACAUCAAGGACGUCGCUGACCGCCUCCACCUGCCUCAACCCAAGCCGCAGCCGCAGCCUCGGUCACCGGAGCCCGAGCUUCCGGCAGCGCCGCUUCCAACGCCUCCGCCUCCGCCGCAGGAUGCCUCUCCAGCUGCGGCAGCCAGGCCGUGGAACCUCAGAGAGCGGAAGCGCCGUUCCUCCGCCCGCGGUAGCACCGGGGCAUCGCCCACGACGUCGUGGGCCGCGAGACGAGCGGAGGCUGCCCGAGGCGGCGGCGAGCGCGCCCCGUUCGCCGUGGCCCUCUCGUCGGAGGAGAUCGAGGAGGACAUCUACGCCCUGACCGGCGGCCGGCCGCGGCGGCGGCCUCGGAAACGGCCUCGCGUCGUCCAACGGCAGCUCGAUUCGCUGUUCCCGGGGCUGUGGCUGACCGAGAUCACCGCCGACGCCUACAAGGUCCCCGACGACUAGCAACAAAGCACCAGCUCCGGCCGGCCGGGCAGCCGGCCAGCUCCACCAUUCUACCCAUCAUAGCUUUAUGAGGAGUCACCAAGAAAAAAAAAAUGUAACUAGGUUUUUAGUGCGUGCGUCGAGUUGAUGAUAGGUGCCUGCCUGCUGUGCUUGCCAUGUCCCAUCUUUUGAACUUUCUUUCCCCACGAAAAAAAGAAAAAAGAUCUGAUCAGUGCUUCGAUCCCCAGCUGAUGUAUUUAUCACACAGUAGAGUGCUUGUGUUCUUGUAAUCUAGUUCUAAUC